AUAACUAAUAAUCCAUGACUAAAACCAGAAUUUGAGUAGAUCUGGCGACCACAACAGCGAUGGCGGCGAUCUCUUGCAGCUCCUCAAUGGCACAACUGGACACCUCGUAUUUCACUUCCUCCGCUCAGAUUUCGCGGCGUCUUCGAUAUUCACCGGCAAGACUUCCCGGCGUAUCUGUGUCAUCUCCAGCGAGAUUUCCUCUUCUCCGCCGCCUCCGGACUUCCUGCCAGAGCUCCGCCUCUGUAUCUACUAUCUCAACCUCCGUUGAUGGAAAAGCAAAAGCAGAGCUGAAGGAUUUUCUGCACAUUAGUGAUUUUGACAAAGACACUAUUAUGAACAUCCUUGGUCGUGCCGCUGAGGUCAAGGCACUGCUAAAGUCAGGGGAGCGGACGUAUCUUCCAUUUAAAGGGAAAACAAUGGCAAUGAUCUUCGCAAAGCCAUCCAUGAGAACUCGGGUUUCAUUUGAGACAGGGUUCUUUCUACUAGGUGGCCAUGCCAUAUACUUGGGACCAGAUGAUAUACAAAUGGGGAAGCGAGAGGAAACCCGUGAUGUUGCACGUGUGCUCUCUGGCUAUAAUGAUAUCAUUAUGGCUCGUGUGUUUGCUCAUCAGGAUAUCCUUGGUCUGGCUAAAUAUGCUACUGUCCCUGUGAUCAAUGGCCUAACAGACUACAAUCAUCCUUGCCAAAUUAUGGCCGAUGCACUCACCAUAAUUGAACAUAUUGGACACUUGGAAGGGACCAAGGUUGUCUAUGUUGGAGAUGGAAACAACAUUGUGCAUUCCUGGCUCCUGUUGGCAUCUGUAAUUCCUUUCCAUUUUAUCUGUGCCUGCCCCAAAGGCUUUGAACCUGACAAGAAGACAGUUGAGAAGGCCCGAAGCACUGGUAUUAGCAAGAUUGAGAUAACCAAUGAUGCAAAGGAAGCUGUUAGGGGAGCAGAUGUUGUAUACUCAGAUGUGUGGGCCAGCAUGGGACAAAAGGAGGAGGCUGCAUAUCGCCGACAUGUCUUCCAGGGAUUUCAGGUGGAUGAAGCCCUUAUGAAACUGGCAGGGGACAAGGCUUAUUUCAUGCAUUGCCUACCGGCAGAAAGAGGGGUGGAGGUAACUGAUGGAGUGAUUGAAGGUCCCAAGUCUAUUGUGUUUCCACAGGCCGAGAACCGUAUGCAUGCUCAGAAUGCCAUAAUGCUUCAUUCGCUCGGUUUUUGAUAAAUGAGGCCAAGCUAUAGGAU